CGUAAAAAUCAUAAAAAUCUCAAACGGAGCAUGAUAUAGCACCGUAAUGCAAAAAGUGCUUAAUGAUUUGAUUGUUACCUAUUAAUGACAAAGGCUUUAACGAAAUCGUAUCUAAUUGCACAAAGAUGGUGAACGGGUUCGUCUAUCUGCAAGUGGAACGCGUGUAAACCUGUCACUGCUAUCCAUUGCUUUCGCAGCGAACCGUCAUUUUGCUACUUUUUGCUUUGUUUCAUAAAAACUUUGUCGAUCAUCGGCGAAUACGUCUGGGAUUUCGUAAGAAUCUUGAAGGUUGUCUCAGGUGUACAAUACUUAUUCGUGAAUAAUGCAGCCGCGAACAGAACAUAAAGUGAACGGUUGAUGACCAGAGAUUGCGGUGGUUGACAGAUCAAGAUAUAAGUCAAUUCUCCGCGGCGUCAUUGGGCAAAUAUUACUAUGUACUGCGAGGUAGAAACACUCCAAGAUCAUCCGGUUUCAACCAUGAAUAAGUCUGUGGAAAACCUUUUGAUGUCAAGUCAUGAGGUGAUUAACAGUAUUAAUUCAUCGUCCUUGGCAAGUCAAAGCUCCUCGAGUAAUUUGGGAUAUGGAGAAUCCAUGGAAAAUAUUCAAGAGGCUCCUGUUAGUGGUGGAGGUGAACAUAAUAGUCCUAUGCCAAGUCCUAAUUUAUCUCCUCGGCCCAGCCCCAGACCUUACACUAAGCGGGAUCAUUCCAAGCUCCAUGCCGAGGCUGCCAAUCAAUGUCAUAAGGAUUUGAGUCCUUUAAGUAAAUCGGAGUAUCAGCAGUCACAAGAAGUUAUCAAUCGUUCUUCUGACUCGGCCGAACCAAGCAAAAAUUCAACACACGAAGGAAGAAAAGAUGCAAGAGAUCGCAUUAAGAAAAAGACCUCUUGGUACAACGUUCUAUAUCCAAAUUAUAAAUCCCGUUCUGAAAAUUUCAAAAGAAUAUUCAAAAAUGUACCACCCGACGAGCGACUAGUCGUGGAUUACUCUUGCGCCCUACAACGUGAAAUUCUGGUCCAUGGAAGAUUAUACGUCUCUCAAAAUUACAUGUGCUUCUAUGCGAAUAUAUUUAAAUGGGAAACAUCGGUUACGUUACGUUGGAUGGACGUCACUGCUAUUACCAAAGAAAAAACAGCACGAGUCAUUAAUAAUGCAAUUGCUAUUUGUACAGAGACAGAUAAAUUUUUCCUCACUUCCUUUGGUGGAAGAGAUAAGACUUACCUGAUGCUAUUUCGUGUCUGGCAAAAUGCUCUAAUUGGACAGCCAAUGAGUAUGACCGAGAUGUGGCAGCUGGUGCACACUUGUUAUGGGGAUGAGUUGGGAUUGACUUCUGACGAUGAGGAUUAUGUACCACCAUUGCCGGCACCCGAUGACGAGAAGCUUUCUACGCGUUUAUCCAUGGAAUCAUUUUCCGAGACUGAAGGGGCCAAUAUGGAAAACACUGUUUCACCAGUUAUCGAUCCAAUUGAACCAGAAUUACCAAUCCAACCUCCACCUAGACCAGAGCCACCUUUAGAUGCAACUGAUCUUUCCGAUACAACAGAAAGUGAAGCUGAGAAACACCCUUUGAGAAUUGGAUUAAGGAACAAUGCGAUCUGCACCACAGUUCAUGAUGGUCGACAAUUCUGCAAUGUCACAUUACCGAUGCAUGUUGAUCAGCUUUUCACCCUACUAUUUACAAAUUCGAAGUUCUUCCUUGAUUUUCACACUGCCCGAAAAACAACCGAUUUGGUGCAAUCUUCAUGGAUACAGAAUAGUGAGACAGGCCAAAAAAUGAGAACUGUUUCAUUGACUAUGUCUCUCACAAAUUCUGUUGGCCCGAGAACAUCCCAAGUUACCGAAACUCAGGUAAUGUUACCCUGCAGCAGGCCGGGUCAUCUUUAUUGCAUCGACAUAGAGAGCACGAAUUCCGGCAUUCCUUAUGCAGAUUCAUUCAGUGUAUUCACGCAUUAUUGUAUGGCAAAUGCCUCUGAGAGUGAAACAACUCUUGCAGUAUAUUCUCAAAUUAGAUACAAGAAGAGUGUAUGGGGUCUUGUUAAAAGUUUCAUCGAGAAAAAUUGCUGGGCAGGAUUAGAAGAGUAUUUUAGAAGUUUAGUGAAGGCACUGAGUGUUGAAUGUGAGGAAGGUACUACUGGUGGAGGCCUCAAGAGGAAGACCCGAAGAAGAAGAAGGCUCCCAGGAGUUAAUACUGCCUUGCAAACACAUUCCUCUGACCUGCUGUCAUCGAAUCUUCAAUCAACGUCUGUGGAUUUGCCACGUAUUCAUAGCAAUGCUGGAGGAAGGAGCGAUGCUGGUACUAUUAUAAGUUUGAUUCUUCUGAUAGCUGUUCUGUGUUUGAUGCUGAUCAACGGUUUGUUAUAUUAUAAAUUGUGGGGCUUGGAAGAUGCGGCCGCUUAUACAAUUAUGGAUUUACACGUUCUAAAAAACACUCCAAAGACUGAGGAGGAUUGGAUAAAUUUACUACAACAGCAAGAGAGUCUACAUAAUGUAGAAAUGAAAAAGUGGCAAAGAGUUUUACAUACUGCAGCGCAACUACUUAGACAAACAGAGGAAUCCUUAACGGAGUUACAAAUGAGUAUUCAUCCCACGGCUACCGAAAAGAUGUUUUCUGUGUUGAAACCAGGACUUAAGAGUCCAAACGCGCGUCCGGAUCAACGUACCAAAACAGAAAUGUAAAUUCUAGCUUAGAAAAAUGGGUUUUCGAAUGUCGAGUCUUCGUCUAUGGAAAACAUAGGUUGCUCUAAUGAAGACGUCGACCAAUUCUGGUUUUAAUUAAAACUUUCUACAGUAAGUAAACAACCGAAUAACAAGAUUAUAUGGUAUUGUUGAAAUGUCAGUUGGUAGCUGCUAUUUCGGAAUAUACUAAAUUCAUUGUCAACUUUUGGCUAUAAAAGUUACAGAGUGUGGUACGCAAAAUUUGUUUGCUUAAAUUCACAGACCAUAAUUAUAACGUAGAUCUUGCACCCUUUGAAAGUUUCUACUAGAUAGUGCAUAUAUACUAGCAAUUGGUACUUAAGUUUAUUUUGUAGGAUACAAAACCGCUAUAGUAUUAUUAGACAUGAUAAAUAUUUAAUUAGCGAAUAAAGUAACCCGACGGUGUUACACGAAGCAAUUUAUUUUCGACAGUUGAGCUAAUGAAUUUGGUCCUUUUUUUCGUUCUCUUUUCCUCCGUAACUCUCGAUGCUCUUACCUAUUCCGUGUCUUCUUCUUCUACUUUAUCCUUUAAUGAUUUUAUUUCCCCAUUGGGCGAUCAAGCGAUGCUCCUUAACAGUUUGCUGCCUACUAAACAAAAUAGCUCUGAUGAUUUAAAUACUUCUUGUUAAUUAUAUAAGUGGGACUAAGAAGUUAACAGUUAAUCAAUUCUCCGUCUUUCUGUAUAUUACAGUUAUUGCUUUGUGACUGCCUUAUUUUAAUUUUGUUGAGCGAUGAAACUUGUUAGCAUUCACGAUUAAAUAAGUAAUCACGUAGAAAUUAAGCGACAAUGAUCUUUACUUUGGAUUUAUCAGAAUCUAGUCAGUCAACACAGUAAUCUGUUUCAUCAGUACUAUUGUAAAGCUGAAUUGAUCUAAAAGUGAAGUAGUGAAAUAGAAAGUUUUGCCUAUAAUUUUUAAUAUUAAAAACUAUAGGCGAGCAAUGUAUAAAUGUGAAAUAUUUGUAGGCAGAAUUCAUGUAAAUAUGAACUUGAGAGAAUUUUAAUUUAAACGAAAAAAUAUAUAGGAGAAUUAAUAAUUGUUAAAAGAACCAAAAAAGAAGGGUUUGUCUCAAGUUGUAUCGCAGAAAUGACAAAGUCUAUUACUUUUCAUUUGGAGCAUAAUAUAUUACGCAACAGUAUUUAAUUGUAUAUCACUGUGCAUACCAUUAGAAAACAGCCCUUAAACAAUACAUUUAUGUAGUAAUAUUAGAUAUUGCUAAAUGUAAUGCAAACGAUUAGUUCCAGAAAAAUGUAUUUUCGCCUAAUCAAUUAAUCUUUCCAUUCAAUUUCCAGGAAUCACUAUUUCUUUUUUAUCAUAAUAUAUUUUCCACAGUAUAGCUCUGCAUAGACGUUGUAUGUCGUUAGUAAUUGGUUAUCAUGUUUCAUUGUUCUGUCUCGAGGCUUUGAACUAUUUAUGUUGUCUUUAAUCGUAACACUAAAUUUUUUAAUUGUGCACGAUAUGCCAAUAUUUUCUAGGUCUUGGAUAUUAUCUUAUUAUGUUAUACACGAAGAACUUUCCAUAUUAUGCAUUGUUUUAUCCUAUAGUGAUUCUUGGACAUGUUGUUUCCCUUGAAACACAAUAAUUCCACACUCGAUAUAUAUAAGUUACAAAGGAAAUAUUAAUCUUGGAAAGAGAGGUCUUUACAUCGAAAGAAUUAAAAGGAAACAAUUUACUAAUAUGUGAUAAACUUACUUAGGGAAGGACAAAUUGUAGUUAAAUCUAUAGAACGUUUAAAUUUAUUUUAAUUAAGAUGAUAAUAAAAAAUGAAUACGUGAUGUUAUGGACUCUCCAGUCAUAUAUAAUCUUAUGUUCUAAUAAUUAAAUCCCACAGAUUAUUAUAAAUUUGUGAAUUGACGCUCUUUAUUAUUCAUUUAUUAUUAUUAUUGUAAUCGCAAUAAUUUCUGUAUAUGCGCAAAAAGUCAGCAAAGGGUUCAGGAUCACAAGAAUUAUGAGUGACAACUAUUGACCGGUUUUGAAUUAUAAUUGUUAAAAAUGGAAAUAUCUAUCUUAGGAUCAUAAUACAAUCCAAAUCUCAAGGUCAUAUAUUUUAUCUAUUUAUUUGCAAAGAAACUAGUUUUAUACUUGAUACAGUUUGCAAGCAAUUGCGUAUAUCUUACAAGGAGCAAAAGAUUUGCGUUAAUACGAUCGAUGAUGGAAUAUUUCUUUUAUGAUUUUUGGACAUGUGGUACUUUACAAUUUUGAGAUUUGGAUAUAACACCUUCGCACAUGUACUCAGAGCAGACCCAGAGAAACCUAUAACAGUAUUUACUGUAUGCAUUAUUAAAUAUUUCGCGAACCUCGUAGGUAAGCAAGCCAUAGCUUAAAGCUUUUGGCUAGUAAUUUUAGUAAGAGUAUAAAAAUACAUAAAUUUAUAUAGCACUGUUACAUAUUCGAUAAUCUAACGAGAAAAUGUCAUUCUCAAUAAAAAAAAAGAAUAUAACAAAAUUGAAAGAAUCAUGUGAAAACGGAAUAAGUGUGAAGUCACAACUCACAAUUUUUUUCUUAGAUACCACCGAUUAUAUCCAAAAUUAUUGUGUUAGACGUUAAGAAACGAAUGUUACUGAAAAAUUAUUAAAAGGAAAAUCGAAAUAUACAUUUUUUCUAGUA